AGGCAGCCCAACUAUCCGGCCCAGGGCAGUCGCGUCCAGUUCGGCGCCAAGAGAAAUUUUAAAAUUAUUUUUAUCUGCUAUGGACAGUUGUGCGGAGAAGCUAUCCUAGCCAGCUUAAGUACAAACGAAGCUCGACCACCGAAAAUAUCUCAACUCCUUAGUCAUAGACGGAGUGUAUACUCAACACGGCUUAGUCAUGAUAAGUCUGAACCAUCCAACUUAUGGGCAUCUGCGCAAUGGCGGAAAUCUUAGCCUGGCGGAGAGCGUUCCCGCCGAAAUCAUGCACAUGGUGGACCCGUAUUGGUACCAGUGGCCGCCAAUGGAGCCCAUGUGGUUCGGCAUUAUAGGUUUUGUCAUUGCCGUGCUGGGAGUGAUGUCACUGACGGGCAACUUUAUUGUGAUGUACGUGUUUACGUCGUCCAAGUCGCUGCGAACACCAUCCAACAUGUUUGUGGUUAAUUUGGCCUUCUCCGAUUUCAUGAUGAUGUUCACCAUGUUUCCACCCGUCGUCCUAAAUGGUUUCUAUGGCACCUGGAUCAUGGGUCCGUUUUUGUGCGAGCUUUACGGCCUCUUCGGUUCCCUCUUUGGCUGUGUAUCCAUCUGGUCCAUGACACUGAUUGCCUACGAUCGUUACUGCGUCAUUGUCAAGGGCAUGGCACGUAAGCCUCUGACGGUAACGUCGGCUGUGCUUCGUCUUCUGGUUGUUUGGACAAUCUGUGGCACAUGGGCUCUUAUUCCGCUGUUCGGCUGGAAUCGAUAUGUGCCCGAGGGCAAUAUGACGGCCUGCGGUACAGAUUACUUUGCCAAAGAUUGGUGGAAUCGCUCCUAUAUUAUUGUCUACUCCAUGUGGGUCUAUCUCACUCCGCUGCUGACAAUCAUAUUCUCAUACUAUCAUAUACUAAAAGCAGUGGCCGCCCACGAGAAGGCAAUGCGUGAGCAGGCCAAGAAGAUGAAUGUGGCCUCUCUGCGCAACACCGAGGCAGAGAAGAGCAAGGCCAUCGAAAUCAAACUGGCCAAGGUAGCACUGACCACAAUUUCGCUUUGGUUCUUCGCUUGGACGCCCUACACAAUCAUCAACUAUGCGGGCAUCUUUGAAUCAAUGCAUCUAUCGCCACUUGCCACAAUUUGUGGCUCGGUUUUCGCCAAAGCAAAUGCCGUUUGCAAUCCAAUUGUUUAUGGCCUAAGUCACCCCAAAUACAAGCAGGUGCUCAAGGAGAAGAUGCCUUGCCUCGCUUGCGGCAAAGACGAGCUUCCCUCAGACUCUAGGACCCAAGCCACCACAGAGAUUAGCGAAUCUCAAGCUUAGACAAAGUAACGACGACUGCAGCAGACGACGAGCCUAACAGAUAAUAUGACGACAUGUGAUUUUUAGACACAGGAACUGACAGCUUUACAAUGCUUUAACUACAGCCUGUAUGGAUUUGUUCCAAUUGGUAUAUGUACCAAGCCUACCUUUGCAUACAAACACAAAAA